UUCAGAUUUCAGUAUUUCUUUGUUUGAUUUCAUAGUUAUCAUUAAUUUCCAUUGAAUUUGUUUGCGUAGCGGUUUAUCAUAGACUCGGACGACAUCGUUUAUCUUUCUAAUGCGGGGUAAUAUUGAAGAAACUUUGUAAAUGUCUGUUUCUUUGUGCGUUUUGAGAAUAGAAAUUGACGAAGAUCUACCCGAGAUGGGUGAUAAUCCAACUGAAGCAGAAAAUGCGAAGGAGCAGAAGAAGAAAGACCGCGGGGCUCGUGAGUCGAAGACCAUCACGGUGGAGACAUACGCCAGCGUGCUGCUGGGCCCGCAUCCCGACCUGGGCCUGCUGCCCACCAGCUCGCGCCGCUCCCCGCUCGACAGCACCUCCGACGAGGACACCGUCACCUUCUUCUGUGGCAACCCACUUGUGGAGGUCACUAAAGGAGUCUUGCACUUGUAUAAAGAGAAUGACCUGACGGAGUCGUCCACAUCAUCAGCCCGUACCCUGUGCCUGCUGGCAGUGCCGGCUGCGCUCGGUGCCCGUGACCUGCUGGCCUUUGCAGCCGCCUGCCAGGAUGAACUAGCAAUUGUGAGGGUGCUGCGGGAUGGCUCUCCUGAUCAUUAUAUGGCUACUUUGACCUUCCGCACACCAGCUGCCGCGCGCGAAUUCCACUCAGCCUUCUCCGGAGUCCCCUACACGAGCCUGGAGCCCACGGCGCUGUGCCACACGGCGUGGGUGUCGCGCGUGGAGUGGGCCGCCGACGGCGCUCCUCCACCGAGUCAUACUGAGCUGCCGACUUGUCCUGUGUGUCUCGAGCGCAUGGACGAGUCAGUGGCGGGCGUGCUGUGGGUGCAGUGCGCGCACGCGUUCCACACGUCGUGCCUGCUGCGCUGGGGCGACGCGCGCUGCCCCGUAUGCCGCUGCGCCUGCACGCCCGAGCCGCGCCGCGCCGCGCGCUGCCACCUGUGUGAACACCCGGGUGAAGAGGAGGACAGUGGUCUGGAGGCGCGCGAGCUGUCGGCGGCGGCCGAGGGGCUACUGGACAGCGGCGAGAGCGGCGCGCUGUGGAUCUGCCUCAUCUGCGGCCACGUGGGCUGCGGCCGGUACGAGGGCGGGCACGCGGCCAAGCACUACAUGCAGUCGAAGCACACGUACGCGCUGCAGCUCGGCUCCAACCGCGUGUGGGACUACGCAGGAGACAACUUCGUGCACCGCCUGGUGCAGAACAAGUCCGACGGCAAGCUGGUGCCCGUGGAGGAGGACGCGCCGCCGCCCGACAAGCAGCUCGAGUUCACCUACAUACUCACCUCGCAGCUCGACACGCAGCGCGCGCACUACGACCACAACAUAGCCCAGCUAAAAGAGGCCCACUCGGCGGAAGUAACCGCGCUGACGUCACGCGCGGCGGCGGCGGAGGCGCGCGCCGACAGUCUGCAGCUGACUGUGGACAAGCUGACGCGGGAGAACAAGGCGUUGGAGAAGAAACUCAACACUGUGACUAAUAAACUGUCGUCUCUGUCCGGCGAGCUGAAUGAGGAGCGCGGUCUGGCGGCGGCGAUGGCCAAGAGCCAGGCGGAGUGGCAGGCCAAGGCCAAGCUGGACCAGGACGGCUUCGUGCAACAGGUGACGGAGCUGCAGGAGCAGCUGCGCGACGUGAUGUUCUUCGUGGAGGGCCGGGACCGGCUCGCGGCCGCCGCCACCGCCGGGGAGCUGGAGGGCGCUAGCGUCAGUGUCGCGCCGCCCAAGCCGAGGAGGAAGAGACGGUAGAUGCGACGAGGGGAGGGAGGGAGAGGGA